UGCAUAGAGUCGGAGGAAGUGUAUUGACAUGGAUAGUGGAUUGGUUAACCAAUAGAAGGCAGAGAGUUGGUAUAAAUGGGUGUUUCUCCGGUUGGCAGUCAGUGGUGAGUGGGGUGCUGCAGGGUCGGUGCUGGGCUAGCAGCUGUUUACUGUUUACAUUGGAAGAGACGACUGAAUGUAGUGUAGCAAAAUUUGCUGAUGUCACUAAACUGAGUAAAAAAGGAAAUUUUACAGAGGAUGUGGAGUGUCUGCAGAGGGAUACAGAUAGGUUAAGUGAGUGGGCCAUGGUCUGGCAGAUGGAAUACAACAUUGGUAAAUGUGAGGUCAUCCAUUUUGGAAGGAAUAAGAGAAGAGCAGAUUAUUAUUUAAAUGGUGAAAGAUUGCAGCAUGCUGUUGUGCAGAGGGACAUAGGACUGCUUGUGCAUGAAUCGCAAAAAGUUGACUUGUAGGUACAAGUUAUUAAGAAGGCAAACUGAACGUUGGCCUUCAUUGCUAGAGGGAUUGAAUUCAAGAGCAGGGAGGUCAUGCUGCAACUAUACAGGGUACUGGUGGGGCUGCACCUGGAGUACUGCGUGCAGUUCUGAUCUCCAUACUUAAGGAAGGAUAUACUGGCCUUGGGGGCAGUGCAGAGAAGGUUCACCAGGUUGAUUCCAGAGAUGAAAGGGUUAACCUAUUAGGAACGAUUGAGUUGCCUGGGACUGUACUUUCUGGAAUUCAGCAGAAUGAGAGGGGAUCUUUUAGAAACAUACAAAAUUUUGAAAGGGAUAGAUAAGAUAGAAGUAGGAAAGUUGUUUCCAUUGGUAGGUGAGACUAGAACUAGGGGUCAUUGCCUCAAGAUUCAGGGGAGAAGAUUCAGGGCGGAGAUGAGGAGAAACUGUUUUUCCAGAGAGUGGUGAAUCUGUGGAAUUCUCUGCCCAGGGAAGCAGUUGAGGCUUCUUCACUAGAUAUAUUUAAGAUACAGUUAGAUAGAUUUUUACAUAGAGAAAAGGCAGGUGGAUGGAGCUGAGUUUACGGACAGAUCAGCCGAUGGGCCGGAUGGCCUACUCCUGCUCCUAUUUCUUAUGUUUGAAUCAGUGAUUUGACAACAUGCGCCCUUGAUAUUAAACCUGAUCCUGAUUCCUUCUGCCUGUAUCGUGGUUACUCUGAAGACUCCUCCUUACCAGACGCUGUGGUCACAAUUUAAACUUCAGGCCUUAAAUCAGUCCAGUGCUUGGCCAGCACCCAAUCCAAACCAAAAUUCUUCACUGAGCAAUUGAUGCAGUUUCCACGGACCAACAUAAAUCACAUUCAGGUACGGGCUGAUAUGACAAACAGCAUCAAAAUUCUUCACUGAGCAAUUGAUGCAGUUUCCACGGACUAACAUAAAUCACAUUCAGAAAUGAGUUGUACCAUAGAGAAGGUUCUGGCUGAUGCAAAAGCACUGGUCGAGCGGCUGAAAGAACAUGAUAACGCAGCGGAGGCUCUCAUCGAGCAAACCACUGCUCUUAACAAGCGGGUGGAAGCCAUGAAGCAGUACCAAGAGGAUAUCCAGGAACUAAAUGAAGUGGCGAAGCACCGACCUCGCUCCACGCUUGUGUUGGGGAUUCAGCAGGAGAAUAAGCAGAUCAGGGACCUGCAGCAGGAGAAUAAAGAGCUCCGCACAUCCUUGGAAGAACAUCAGUCGGCAUUGGAGCUCAUCAUGAGCAAGUACAGGGAGCAGAUGUUCCGACUGUUGAUGGCCAGUAAGAAGGAUGACCCAGUGAUGAUCACCAAAUUAAAGGAACAGCAUUCCAAGGAACUUCAGGUGCACAUCGAUAAAAUCCACGAAAUGGCCACAGUGAUGAGAAAAGCCAUUGAAAUUGAUGAACAACGUCUGUUCAAGGAGCAGGAAAGAAUUGUGCAGUUAGAGUCUGAAAACAAAGGUUUGAGAGAAGUGCUGCAGAUAAACAAGGAGUCGUUUCACUGCCUGAAAGAAGACCUAUUAGAAAGUAGGCCAUUGUCUGGAUUAGUGACAAAUGCCAACCUCACCAUGCGGAAGAACUGAGAGGCUGCUCAACCCCACAACCUUCCACUUCUCAACCCAUCGGUGUGUGAAUAUGUUAGGUGGGCUGCCUGAGCCCAUACAUUCAACUACGGACAAUUUACUGUUAAAUUCUGAAGCUAAAUGAGUUCUUGUGGCUAGUUAAACUGACAAAGGUAGCCUAUUUUCCAUUGCAUGGUCGACUUUCUGAAAUAAAGAUCUGCAUCCACUUGUUCCGUGUCAUGUGGCCAGCAUCUUGUUUAGUUCAGGGAUUUCCCCCGACCGUGGGCCAGAGAGCAAUUUACAGUGAAGGUUGCUGCUGCUACCAGCAUAAGAGGCCUCAGGGAACGAAGCAAUCUCCGGUUCAGUUGAACUGAAUUACCCGUGUCUAUAUAUAAACAAUUUAUCAUGUAAAAUGCGUGUUUGCAGUGUGGAGGGUGGCUGCACAAAGCUGAUAAGAGAUUGUGUCAAACUUAAUUACACAAAUUGGAUAAGUAUUUAUUUAACUGACCAAAUGUAGAAUGGGGUAGAUGAGCUUCAUUAAGGAGUUGUUUAUAGUAAGGUUUGUACAGAAUGCACUCUUGCAAGUCAGCAGACUUCUAUUUUUUAAAACCAAAUUUAUUCAGAAUGUGAGAUGGUUAACUUGGAUCUGUUUGUUAAUCCUACAAUGUCUGUACAAGAUGCUGUCUCUGGAUGUGUAUAUUUUUGCUUUGAUUAAAUAUUGUCACUUUGCAAGUAC